AUUCAGAAUGUUGAGGGAUUUCAAAUUUAUGCGCCGAAAUUCCGGCAAGAAUCCCAACGCAGAGGAAAUCGAGAAUGUCCCUAUAAAUCCCAGGGACUCUUUAGGUCCUCAGAUUAUCAAGGAUUCUCAGAGGCCCCCUCUAUAUGCAAUUCAAGAACCAAUCCAGAAUUCUAAAGGUGGUAUAGAUCAAAAAUUGAGUGGUGUUAAGGUUAAUAAAACUGACAGAACCCCCGUUAAGCCAAAGUCUAAGAAGUCAGAUUCAACAAUGCUGCAUUCCACUCCAGAAAAACAAGGGCUAGUGUCAAAAAAUCACUUUGGGUGGGCCCAGAAGAGUGACUGUUACUCUAGUUCUAGUGCCGUUGAGUCGAGGGAGGAGUGAAGGGCAGCGGAGAAUAUGAAUACACCACGGUCUACUAGGACGAUGGGAAAGGCCACUUCAAGUUAUUCAGAGUGUAAUUCGACUCAAAGCACGCCCACUAAGAGUGUAAGCAAGCCUCCAAAUCCCGGCCUCUGUCUAGCCAGUGGUUCUAGGCCUCUGGCCAGUGGGGCUGCUCGAAUGGCCAACUUUGCCGCACUAUCUAAAGGGAUUCCGAGUUCUUGCAAUUCUGCCACUGUUGUUAAUUCAGUAGAAGUGCCCCAUUUUGAACUCAAGGAAGAUUCAUCUUUCUGGAUGGAACACAAUGUCCAAGUUUUGAUACGAGUACGUCCUCUCAAUAACAUGGAGAAAGGUACUUAUGGUUACAGUAGGUGCUUGAAGCAGGAAAGCGCACAAUGCAUCACCUGGAUAGGGCAACCCGAGACCCCAUUUAUGUUUGAUCAUGUAGCAUGUGAAACUAUAGACCAGGAGACACUUUUUAGAAUGGUUGGCUUGCCUAUGGUGGAGAAUUGCUUGUCAGGGUACAAUAGCUGUAUGUUUGCAUAUGGGCAGACAGGUAGUGGGAAGACUUACACAAUGCUUGGUGGGAUUGAUGAGCUAGAAGUCACUCCUAGUCCAAAUCGUGGAAUGACCCCGCGCAUAUUCGAAUUUUUGUUUGCAAGAAUUAGAGCGGAGGAGGAAAUACGAAGAGAUGAACGGCUAAAAUACAAUUGCAAAUGCUCUUUCCUGGAGAUUUAUAAUGAGCAAAUAACUGAUCUUCUUGAUCCUUCAUCUACAAAUUUGAUGUUACGCGAGGACGUCAAAAAGGGCGUGUAUGUUGAAAAUCUAUCCGAAUUCGAGGUCCAAACUGUAGGUGACGUUCUUCAGCUUCUGAGUCAGGGUUCUGCAAAUAGGAAAGUUGCCGCUACAAAUAUGAACAGAGAAAGCAGUCGCUCCCAUAGUGUUUUUACAUGUGUGAUUGAGAGUAGAUGGGAAAAGGAUUCAACUACUAACUUUCGUUUUGCUCGGCUGAACCUUGUUGACCUUGCCGGCUCUGAAAGGCAAAAGACUUCUGGUGCCGAGGGCGAGCGUCUAAAGGAAGCUGCAAGCAUCAAUAAAUCGCUAUCAACGCUAGGUCAUGUAAUAAUGGUCCUAGUGGAUGUAGCACAUGGGAGACCAAGGCACGUUCCUUAUAGAGAUUCAAGGCUGACAUUUCUUCUUCAGGAUUCUUUGGGUGGAAAUUCGAAAACAAUGAUGAUAGCCAACGUCAGCCCGUCUAUCUGUUGUGCUGCUGAAACACUUAACACUCUAAAGUUUGCUCAACGAGCAAAACUCAUUCAGAAUAAUGCUGUCAUCAAUGAAGAUUCAUCAAAAGAUGUCAUUGCUCUGCAACAUCAAAUACGUUUGCUAAAGGAAGAGCUUUCUGUUCUCAAACAUGAAAAGGUUUCUCGAUCAUUAUCCUUUGGUCCAGCAAUAGUCAGAGAUGCAAGGAACGAAAAUGAAGAUGGUUGUAGUGAAAGGACAACUGAUGAACCAGAUCACCAGAAUAAUUUACUUGGAAAAGCAUCUAAAGUUGUUCUCAAAAUGUCAUGUAAACAGUUAAAAUCACUGGAAGCUACACUUGCUGGUGCACUAAGGAGGGAACAGAUGGCAGAUACUUCUAUUAAACGGCUUGAAGCUGAAAUUGAACACUUGAACCGUCUGGUUAGUCAAAGAGAAGAGGACACCAGAUGCACAAAAAUGAUGCUGAAAUUUAGAGAAGACAAAAUUCAAAGAAUGGAGGCUCUCCUCGGUGGCUUGACAUCAGCAGAUGCUUAUUUGCUGGAAGAGAACAGGGAACUUUCAGAAGAAAUCCAGCUGAUGCAUUCAAGGGUUGAUAGGAAUCCUGAAGUGACUCGCUUUGCCCAUGAAAAUAUUAGGCUUUUAGAGCAAGUUAGACGAUUUCAAGACUUCUAUGAAGAAGGGGAGAGAGAGAUGUUAUUGGCUGAAGUAUCUGAACUGCGGAAUCAGCUAAUUCUCUUCCUCGAUGGAAAUUUGAAGCAGCAAAGCCAUCAAGACAAAAAUAUAGCUUCUCAUUGUGCUCUUCAUACCAAUGAGGAAAAUGAUUCACUCAGCGAGGAGUUGAAGAGGACUAUGAAUGAAUUAGAGGAAACCCGGAGUAAUCUAAGCAGUACUUUAGAAAACAAUGCAAAACUCAGAGGGGAGAUUGACAAGUUAAAUGAAUCAUUGAAUACCAUCGGAUCUGUAAUUCAUGAGCAUGACUCCAGUCCUGAAUUCAUGAAGGAAUCAAUAAAGGAAGUUCCAAUUUUCAACGAGCAGAUAAUAUUGGCCGAGGAGCAAGAGAACGGCCAAAAUAGGUACAGAAAACUUAUGACCCACAAAGAAGAUAUUGUGGGUUUACAACUGGAGUUGGACAUUUUGAAAAUUAUUCUUAAAGAAGAGAAGUCAAACUCUUUUAAAGCAGAGGAAAUGACACAAUCUUUGAACAGAGAACUUCAUUUGUCAAAGGAAAUGAUUCUGUCUAUUACUCAAAAUUGUGAAGAUGUCCAAGAAGAACUUGAGAAAGCAAAAUCCGUUAUUGAAGCUCUUGAGUCUCAGCAAUUUCUAACGAUGAAUGAGAUAGAGGAGCUCCGUAACUCUAAUGACAACUAUGCUGAACUAUUGCAUAAACAAAUGCUUGAAAUCUCUUCUUUAAAGGAGCAAAUUCACGCUCAAGAGUUUAGAGAUAUCUCAUCCUUUAAGCGAUCCAUAAGUAAUGAUUCUCCUAUAGAAGCAAGGUUGAAGAAGAUGCAUGAUUCUCUUGAAAAGGCCAAGAGAUUGAAUCAGUGGUAUCAAAGUGAUAAUUCGAUUCAAGCAUCUAAAGAAGAAGAAAUGGACGAAGUCCGCAAGCAGGUUGAGGCAGAAACUGCUGAGGUGAUUAUUUGCUUGCAAGAAGAACUUGCUGUUCUUCAACAGGAAGUCCAAGAUAGUAGCUUGAAAGAGAUGGAUAGCAGGGAGAAGUUGGUUCUAUUUCAAGCUGAGAUGAAAAAUCUGGAGGACAAUUUAGGCGCGAGGACUCAAGAGAACACAAGAUUAGCUCAAAUGCUAGAACGCAAAGAAAAUCAGUUAAGAAACUUGUCAGAAGAAUGGGAACGAUUGACCAAUGAGAUUGAAGGUGUUCUUACCGGUGGGCAGGAGGCUCUCAAAGACGUCUCUGACCAGCUUGAUGAUAUUCCCAGUUCAUUCCCUCAGAAAAGAAAUUUGAUCUCUGAACAACUUGGGAGGAUGAAAACUAAUUUUCUUGAAAAAGAAGUAUUAAUUGAUGAGCUCAAUCAAUGCUUAAAGGAUGCGAUGAAUAAGAGAAAUGAUAUGGAAUGCAUGUUAAGGUCAUUGAGAGGGGCGACAUUGGUAAUGACUGAAACGCACCAUCAAGAAUGCAGUGAAAAGGACAAAGAUAUUCUCCUUUUAACAUCUGAAUUAAAUGCCAAGACGUCUGUUAUUGAAGAGCUGGAGAGCGUAAUCAAACACGGAAAGGAUCAACUUAGAAAUGCAUCAUGCUGUGCAACAGCCGCUUUUGUGAUUGUGAACCGGUUGUUUGAGUUAAAUUCCAACCAUGUGAAUGCUUUAAAUAAUAAGGACAUGCAACUUAGACAAGCCACAGAAGUUAUUAUUCAAAAAGACGCCAUUCUCCACAAUCAGUCAUCAAAAAUUGAUGAGGCAGAAAAACAGAACGAGAUCCUCAGAUUGGGAAUGAAAUCAUUAGAAGAACGCUCUGCCAGACUAAAACUGCAGCUAUCAGAGGAACAGAUAGAUGCUAAGGCUCUUUGGAGGAAACUUGAAGAAACUGAAGAAAAUAACAUCUCUGAAGCCAUGGAAAAACUCGUGGAGCUAAAAUCUGGAGUUUCAACUCUGAAAUUAUGCAUGAAUGGGUAUCUGAAGCAGAUUGGAGGUUCUGGUGGAGAUAAUGCUUUAGAAAGUUCAUAUUGUUUUCCCGCCAGCGACAAAUGUCAAACGUGGUCUGGUAAAGGAACAGAACAGGACAUCAACCAUGUAGAAUCAUGUGUUCUUGAGGAUGCGAGAACUGAGACUUCAAAAUAUUCUUUCACUGCAAACAGAAUGGAUGAAUGCAUGUUUGACCGUAAUAUUUUGGCAUGUGAACAAACUUUGAAGGAUGUGAAUGGCAAAGAUGCUAGCACUACUCUUCUAAAGGAAGAGAUAGAAUCCGCUCUUCAAAGUAUUCAAGGAUUGCAAGCUGAGAUGGACAAACUACAUCGUGACAAAGGAGGUGUCUGGAUGGCUGAAAAACGUCACAAGAAGAGCAUUGAAUCAUUGAUGAAUCAAGUAUUUGUGCUACAAAGUUCUAUGAAUAAUUUUGAAGUGAAAUUUGAGCUAAAAAUUGCUGCUUUGGAUGGCAAACUGAGGGGAGUAGAAGAAAUCGUACAAGAAUCUUGCACUUCCUGGUUCCAUCUUAAACAGUUACUCGAGGCUGAACUUGGUGAUGCCAAGGCAGUUGCUGCCCAGAAAUCUAUUGAAGCUUCUUGUGUUCUUGAGAAAUUUGAAGAGGUUCAAGACACCAUGAAGGAAGCAGACAUAAUGAUAAAUGAGCUGAUGAUAGCUAAUGAAACCUUGAAGCUUAACACCCAUGAGCUGAAGGAAAAGGAGAACACCUUGAUCAAUGAAAGAGAUAUCCUUACCACAGAAGUUCAGAACUUGCAGUCCUCCAAUAAUCUGAAAGUACAGCAUUAUGAGAAAUUUGAGCAGCAGUAUGAAUCAGAUAUUGUGGAUAUGAAGAGCCUGGUAUUGGAAUUAGAAGAAAUUGUUUCACAGGUCCAAACUACUUCCAUUGAAGACUGCAAGGCUAUAGCAUCGGAUUUCCUAAGCAUGAAUUCCCAACUUUGCGAGUCAACGAGAUUAAUCAGGUCAUCUCUUGAGGAAGUAUGGUCUGAGAUUAUCGUUAAGGAUUUUUCCAUGUCUGUUUUGCAUCUUUGUCACAUGGGAAUUCUCUUAGAAACAUCAAAUGGGCUCAACGCAGAAAAUGGUCUUCUUCACCGUGGUAUAUGCGAAUCGAAUUCCAAAAUUUCUGAACUCCGGGAGCAUAAUCUUAGAUCACAGAGAGAGCUGGAAAUGUGUAGAAUACUCAAGGGGAAGUUAUUGGCAGAUAUUAAGAAAAGUUUUGAUAGUAUAUCAGGCAAAGUAGAUGAAUCUGGGGAGCUCACCAUAAAGCUUGCCUCUUUUGAGAAGAAGAUACGAGAUCUACAGUUACAAGAAGAGUUAAUGUUGGAACGGUCAAAUCAUAUGGGAUCUGAACUUUCUGUCCUAAUGAAGGAGCUCGAUCUCAGUAACUCGAAUGUAUUAGCAUCUCUUCUGGAUCAAGAAAGACUAUUAAAGGAUAAAGAUAGACUUCUUGAAUAUCAAGAAGAGAAUUUCAUGAUGGAAUUGUCUGCAAAAGAUUUUGAAUUUUUAAUCAUGUCAUCUGAAUUAAAGCAGCUAGAGCUCCUAAAAGCUGAUGCCAAGAGAGCAAAAAUCAACUCCUUUGAAGUCCUUGAAAACUUCAAGAAAGGUAUAAUUCUCCAGAGCAUAGAUGCUGCUUCCAAUGAGUUGAUAUUGAAGGAGAAAGAAAUUGAGCAUGCUUCCCAGCAAAAAGAAGUUGAAAAAAUAACAAGGAAGCAGCAAAAAUUGUUGUCAGAGCUUGACGAAAGGUUUUUAACAAUUGCCCGGAUGGACACUGUAAACAAAGCUCUUAAGCAAGAUAUUCUGUCAUUAAAAGAAAUUGCUCAUUCAAAUAUAUGCUUGAAAGGUGCAUUUGAAGAAUUGGCGGAAGCAAAGAGAACCCUAUUGUCCCAGGUUCAAAAUCUUGAAUCACGGCAAGCAAAGUUAUUAAAAGACGUUGAGGUGAAGGAAGCAGCUCUUGAAACUUCUUCGAGUAAUAUCUCUGAGCUUUAUCAACAAAAUCAGGUAUUGCAAAAUGACAUCUGUUUACUGGAAACUGAAUUGUGCAGGCUUCGACACGAGGCAGAAAUGAAAGAUGAAGAAAUUAAAAAAAUGAGCUGCCUUAAAAUGGAAAAUGAGGCCCUGCAGGAUGAUUUAACAAAGGCAAAGGCAGAGCACUGCGAACUUUUCCAGGAUUUGGAGGAUAAGAAAGCCGAGUUUGAAUCAUAUCUAAAAGGUACUAAUGAUCUUGACGUAGAAAAUCAUAGAUUGAGAGAAAAUAUUUUGUCAUUGCAGAAUCACAUUGUCAAGAUAAAUGAAGAGCUAAACCAAUUGGAAACCCUUCAACAUUCUCAAUCCGUAGUAAAAAAUGAGCUGUCUUCAAAUAUUCAGGAUUUGAAUGAAGAGAAUGCUUUCUUGAGAAAUAAACUUGGAGCUAGCAAGAAUCAUGAGUAUGAAUGCCUGAAUGCUUUGAACUCCAACAUUGUGAAGAAUGUUGAUUUGAUGAAAACCAUUGAUACUAUUGGUGACAAGAUAUUAAACUUAACUUUUGAGAAGGUUUUGGUUAUAGAGGAUUUGUUCCAAAAGAUCGUUAAGGAACUGGAGAGGGCUUCCAAAUUUUUUGAAGGGUUUGAAAACUUGGAGAAUCUUGCGAUAGAGCUGAAAUCUCAAACUUCCUCUCUUGAAAUUGAGUUGUCCAGGAAGGAUGAUAUUCUUAAGGGGCUGUUAUUUGAUUUUAGCUUGCUGCAGGAGUCUGCAUCUAAUACUAAGGAUCAAAAGGAUGAGAUUGAAGAACUUUUGGCCUCUCUAAGUGCCUUAGAAAAAGAUUUUGAUGAGAAAUCCAUUGAACUGGAUCAAGCUGUUGCUGAAGGUCAAAAACUUGAAACUCAACUGCAAGAGAAGGUAGCUAUAAUAUCUUCUCUUGAAAUGGAUAGUGCGAAAGAGCACGACACUAUAAGUUCAUUAUCCCGCGAAAAUGAAGAAUUGAUGGCCAAUGUUAAAGAAGCAUUAGAAGCAAAAAUGUCCAUGGAGAAGAGAUUGAUACAGAGUAGUAACAUAAAUGAGAACUUGAGAAUGGAAGUUGCUGAUAUGGAGGCUGCUCUUGCUGAAAUGAACAAGGCGUCUGAAUUCUUGAAGAGCAAUUUGGAUACUGUCACCAGUCAGAGAGAUGAUCUUCACGACAAAGUCCUUAAUUUGACUGAAGAGCUUGAGAUGGCACGAGCAGUUGCUGAUGAAAACAGAGCAAUCUUUGUCGAAGCACAAGAGAUUGCAGAAACUAGAAAAAUCCAUGCUGAGGAGAAGGACAAGGAAGUGAAACUAUUAGAGCGGUCCAUUGAGGAGCUAGAAUGUACAGUGGAUGUACUUGAACAAAAGGUCGGCAUUGUCAAAGGAGAAGCUGAACGCCAGCGAUUGGAGAGAGAGGAACUGGAACUGGAACUUCAUGCUGUUAAGCAACAAAUGCAAAAUGUCGAAAGCAACGAUUCUGGUUUAAAAAGACAACUGGAUGAAAAGGAGAAGAACCUUCAAGAAGCUCUUCAACGAGUAAAAAUUCUUGAAAAAGAAAUAGGUGCCAGAGAUGGAGAGAUAGCCCAAUGUAAAGCUCAUAUAUCUGAGAUAAAUUUGCAUGCAGAGGCACAAGCUUGCGAAUACAAGCAAAAGUUUAAAUCAUUGGAAGCCAUGUUAGAACAAAUCAAAUCAGAAGUCCCUGCUACUCAUGGAACUUCAUCAUCCAACAAAUUGGAAAAAAAUUCUUCGAAGUCUAGGGGAGGAGGUUCCCCUUUCAAAUGUAUUGGAUUGGGCUUAGUUCAACAAAUAAAGUCUGACAGAGAUGAGGAGCUUAGUGCAGGAAGACAACGUGUAGAAGAACUUGAGGCCAUAGCUGCAAGCAGACAAAAAGAGAUAUUUUCGCUGAAGGCUAGAUUAGCUGCCACUGAAAGCAUGACCCAUGAUGUAAUUCGGGAUUUACUAGGUGUAAAGAUGAACAUGAACAGUUAUGCGACUUUAAUGGAUAAUCAGCAGCUUCACACAUUAAUUGAGGAGUCUCAACAUCAUAACAUUGACGCUCAAGUUAAGGAACAGGAAUUAGCUAAACUUAAACAGCAAAUAAAUGACUUUAUUAAUGAGAAGAACGGGUGGCUGGAGGAGAUAGAGAGAAAACAGGCUGAAAUGGUGUCUGCAAAGGUCACCCUGGAAAAAUUGAGCCAGACAGAACAGUUGCUCAAAACUGAAAACGAGAUGUUAAAGGCGGACAACAUUAAUCACAAGAAGAGGGUGAUGGAACUUGAAGCCGAAGUCAAGAAAUUGUCUGGUCAUCAAAAUCUUCAACAACGCAUCCACCACCACACUAAAAUCAAGGAGGAGAACAACUUAUUGAAGUGUCAAAAUGAAGACCUCAGCAUCGAACUACGAAGAACUGAGGCGUUUCUUUCACGUGUCAAGGAAGAACUAGCACGCUUCCGUGCAUCAAAUGGGCUAAACCCUUAUAUUAACUUUGAUGAGGAGCAACGGCUGGACAAUAAGUUGAAGGAAACUGAAGAGGAGAGGCUGCAAUUAGCACAGAAGUUAAUUGGCUUGUGUACUAACAUACUAAAGGUCAUAGAACUUUAUCCCUGGGAUCUUACUGUAUAUUUUGUCCUAUAAAGCAAAACCUUGUUCUCAUCAUUCUUUUGAACAUAAUAUAUGGCACUUUUGAGCACAAUUUUUCUGG